GGGACAAUGAACGGAACAUAUUAGCCGUUCUGGGUUUAGGAUUUUGGUGAUUUUUGCUUCGCAGAGUUUACGUUAAUACUACCGUUAGAGCAACAUUAUUCGUUAGUCAUCAUGAUCAAUCUAGUUUCGGUGUGGCUUCUGUCGAUGGUUGCGUUCUCGUGGGCCGUCGACGAUUUAUUCCUUCCGGGGUUCGAGAAGAAGGCACCCAUGCUGGGCUGCCACAAGCGCGUGUUCACCUACCGUGUAUCGCAGGCGGAUAGCAAAGGGCGCGAAUGUUGGGACCACGUGAGCGUGUGGUCCUGCCAUGGGCGGUGCGAUUCAAAUGAAAUCUCCGACUGGCGCUUCCCGUACAAACGAUCCCACCAUCCGGUGUGUAUGCACGCCGGUAGAACCAGGUCGGUGGCCACCCUGAGGCACUGUCAUCCGGAGGCGGAUGCGGAAGCCAAAUUGUACGAGUACAUGGAACCGAAAUCGUGCAGUUGUCAGACCUGCACUAGCAUGGAUACCAGCUGUGAGGGACCGAAGCAGCUCAAUACGGACGGAGCAACUAAGGUUUUCCAGAUCGAUGACGAGGAGAUUGAGUCGGAGUACGCAUAAAACUAAUUUCGCUGGCUUGUGAUAUUGAAAUGACAUUUGCAAUGGUGGCCAAAACGAAGUAUCCUAGUGCUUUCAUGUGAAUAAUAAUAGUAAUUGCA